AUGCUGUUGAAUCUUGGCCUCACAGCGGAUGCCGCAGCUGCCCACACAAAUGAUUCGAAUCCACCAGUCAACUCUCCAGUGUUUUCCUUGUCAGCCCUGCCAUUGCUGAACACUUUCUACAAGCCCAAACAAUCCGAUGGUUCUGAGGGGUGUCCUGGGCUAAUCUCGGGACUUGCAUCCGCCAUGACCAUGAGUCCGGUCGAGUCCGCAGAGAGCGAAGGGGAAUCAUCACAAACACAGCAGCCUCCUAGGCCUCGUACCAGCCGUGCAAUUCCUGGUCGGAAGUCCACGCGGCUCAAAACCUCCUACCAGUUCGCCCAUCCUGCCUCGCACGCUCGUCACAAACGGCUACGACUUCGCCCUAAACUGCUUUUACAGCUGCAACAGGUGUCGCAGACCCCUCGCCCGCUGCCAGUCGUCGAUGUCCUCCCGUCGACUUCAUACCUGCCCCUCUUAGCUCGCAAGUUCCCUGCCAUAUAUCGCACCAGAAACGGACUGGGCCCGUAUGAUUUGAUUGUAGUAAUUAGCGAACAAUACGAGCGGACAGUGACAAGCAUCCCCGAGAAACAUGUGAGCUCGGAGGACGAGGCCGAAGAUCAUCGCGAGGUAGUGGCAACCAUCUGUCAAAAGACGCAAGAAGAUGCUCGGUUGAAAGGGAAGGCGGAAAUCUGUUUGAACUUUGGACCCGUUUGGGAGGCAACUCCCCUCUUGAGUGGCUCAUACGAGUUUGUUGCGCAGACCGAGAAUGGUGCACAGGUUGUGCGAUGGGCUUUGCGCGGUGGGAGGAACCGUCGGAUGACUGCGCCUGCGGGAAUGAACUCCCGCGAAGAAGGCAAACGAUUCACCUUUAGCGUUAUCGACCCGACCACCCGCCGACACCCUGUCAUUGCAUCCAUGACUCGCAAUCAGUUGGAAGUCCACGAUGAGUACUCGAUGACUGCCCGGACCGGUACUGGCCCUACAACUCCGACUUCCGCUAUGUCCGUGGUGAGCGAUGCCUCGGAUGAUACCCCACUCGAUGCGAAUAUUGUUACGCUUGAUGAUGGGUUGCGAACGUUGAUCAUCACCACCGGCAUCUGGGUCGCCUUUCGCGAGGGAUGGUCCCAUAACUUCAGCUAUGGGGACCCCGUUUCUUCCGGCGUAAAACCAGUCACGUCCCCGUCAGCCUCAAGAAAUACUUCUCCGACUGUAGCCAGGAAUGAUCACGAUGCUUUCCCUGAAAAUGACGAAGCCAGCCCCACAAAAGGAUCCGCUAGCGGCAUGCGCUGCAUGUCAAUUUCAAGUGUUCGACGUUCCAAUACAACAGCUGCGGCAGAUGACAAGCAAUUUGGGAGCCUGUCGAAGCGCUCAAAUUCGACUGGCGCUGCAUUCAUGGACCGAGCUAAACGACGAACGGCCUCGGGGUUGGGCACUCGACUGAACCGACACAGCAUGUUCACCGCGGGCGAGCAUGGCCGCGAUAUCGUCGUCUCACGCUCUCGCCCUGCAUCUAUACGUCAAAACUCCUCCGAACCAGAAGAACCGUCCCGUCCUGUGCCUCCCCGGGCGAAAACCCCUAACUCCAAGCCGGAGAAGGAAACCACAAAACCUACUACGGGACCAGACAAAGACCUCCCAGCUUCAGCCCCCCGCCAAAAACGGAAAAGCCCUCGAAAAGAAAAGCCUGAAGCCCCAAACCCAGCAUCAGUCGAUUCAAACCCAAAACUCAAACGUCGCCACCGUCUCAGUACCUUCUUCAAUAUGUUCAGCCGAAAACACGAUAACCAUUGA